GUUCACACCAACCGUAGUAUGCACACAUAAUUGAUUGCGCAUGUCGUGGCAACAUGUGCCCCCCUUUGAAGGAAAUCGAUUGCUAACAGUAUCCCGUUCUUCAAGUCUGCCUUACAAAGUCUAUUCUGCCGUUCACCUUUUUCUUCGUUUUCUUCAUCAGCUUGCCUCCAAAUCUUGACAUGAUCCUCUGGCGAGCUCUCUGAACUGACGGUGCCAACAAGCUCUCCAUGGUUCCUCCAAGUCCCCGUGUAUCACGGCGCCAUGAGUCUGUUCCGACCCCCACCACCUCCAAACCCCACACCGUUCUCCUUCCCCGUGCCACGGCCUCUUCGACCUGCUGCUCUCCUAAUGAGGUAGUAAUCGCAUUGACUACCACCCUCGUAAUUCCCGACUACACUAGGUAUUAUGACGUGCCUAUCGCUCAGUUCACACCCAGCUACCGAGCCCUUGAUGACGGCUCUCUCGUUGCGCAACCAUUGAUGGAUGACAUCCGUUUCAGCGCGGUUGGAACAUUGAUAGCUGGUAUGCUCAUAACAUUGUUCAUCAGAAACCUUUUCGUGUCAGGUGACUACAUGCGUCGCGCCAAAGUAAAAAACAAAAUUCUAUUCUACACUCUCUUCGUCAGCCAACUUCUCGGUGCCUUCACGCUCGUUCCUAUUUUUAUUUCCGAGUUUGAUUUAACUUCUGACUGCACUUUGUCAAUCAUUGUUUCGUGUAUACUAAUUGGAGUCUCGUUCACUUUGCUGCUUUGUAUCCUCGGAUACAAGGCGUACAAAUGCUUGAACAACUCUCGCUUCGUUGGCGCAGUCUUAUUAUGCUUUUUGGCUUCAGCAAUCACAACAACAAUCAUAGGUCUAGUGCACAUUAAAGGAGAAAGAAACCUUUCUGGAACAUGUUACUUGAGCAAUGAUUUAUGGCCCGUGCGCAUCUAUCUUUUACUACAGUUAUCAGAGGAGCUUUUCAUUUGUGCCUGCUUUCUGUGGGCCGUUUGGAAGUCGCGAGGUUCACCCCUCGCUCGUGGCAGAAUAUCCAUACGACUGUCCAUGGAUGAUUCCGCUGAAUUGGAUAAUUCUAAUCCAGAUACAUCGCGUCGCGGAUGGUGGGAUUAUGUCCCCAAGACGGAAGAAGUGGUCUCCCCUCCGGCUGCCGACCGCAGCCGUAACUUCGUUCGUUCAUUCUACACGAAAAUUAAAAGCAUUGUAUCAGAUUCCCAGCCUCCUAUUCUCACUUGUCCUGCACGAAAACCAUCUAUAUCUGGCGAUUACCCCAUACCCCAACCCGCUCGUCCUUCUGCGGUUGCCAUCUCGGAGGCAUCACCUGUACGACCGUCAAACGAUGAUUCAGAGAGGUUCCCAAGCCAUUCCAACAGAAUCUCUCCCGUUCCAUCGUCUUACAGCCGACUGAGCCGUUAUAUGCCCAGGAUGGAGUUGUUCCGGGAGGUAAUGAAGGACGAGCUCUGUUUCACAACGGUCAUUACCGCUGUCUGCGUAGUUGUUGCGGUUCUGUCUGUCAUCGGUAGCAACGUUGACCAUGGCCCGAUGGCCUGGAUAUCCGUCAAUUGGGCAGUCAUCUCGCUGUUAACUAUUCAUAGCUUUGGAAGAGUGGUUCGGCGACACGAAAGAGACGCUCUGAUACAAGGUCCGAGGAUCUGGAAAACCCCAGGUGAUGGAAACCGUCCGGGAGCGGUGCGGAGACCAUUGUCUCCGCGUAUGAGCUACACAUCCCAUCGGCGUACCCGGAGAUUUGCAGAUUCUGAUGACCAAGGAAGUCUGUACAGCGAAACGCGGGGGUUGAAUCGAUCGAGGAGCUCCUGGAAUUCAGGCCUCACGGUUUCAUCAAUGGCCUCCCUACCGUCUCCUCCAGUGUUGGUCGAGUCCUUUUACCAGGAAGCACCCCCUCAGGGGUCUUCCGUGACCUUGCCAUCGCCAACAGUCGGUGAUUUUCCGACAUCGGGUCGAACAACUCCCGUUCUCGCUCACGAGAGCUCAGAAGCUCUUAUACAGGGUUUCAAAUUCAGCUGAGGAGGUGCCUGUUCUGAUAGCCAAGGAGUUUAUGUGCAGGAUGAUAAAUGGGCGUCACAGGCAUUGUAUAUAGUAACCUUCAUUUAUCUUGCAUUCGGUUGAUGAAUUAUAUUGUUGUACUGUAAUUUUUUACUCGAUCACCAUUAUACAUCUGAUCGAUGAUUGGCC